AUGGAAGAUUUCUGUAGGGAUCGUCUCCAACUCAGGAACUUUGUGCACCCGGACAAGGAGGUGCACCCAGGCCAUUGCAUCCUGGAAGUCAACGGUUUCCGUGGGACUCCCGAGGAGCUCAAGGCAGCCUGCCGAGUGGAAGGUGAGCUUCGGAUACGUCUGCGACGGAAUGAGGACCAGGUGGGCCAGUGGUGGCCUGGCCCACUGCCAGCUUCAGAUCCUCCGGCCAAGGUUGAGACCCUGAGUAGACCGGCUCGGAGAACGGACAAGCGCAUUGUGCAGCUUCCCGAGAGCAGCUGGAUGUGCAUCGGUUGGUUCCUGUACACAAACGAGCUUCUGGGAAAAGUUGCGACAUUGAGCAGCUCUUUCGCAGCGUUGCUUGGGGAUGAGCGCAGCUGGCAGACGCUUGCUCUUCGCGAGGGCACGGGUGCCGCGACAGAGAAGCUGCUGAAGCUGAUGCUGGUGGAGGAGCAGGAGCUGUGGAACUGGCCGCUCUGCCAGGUGCGCGUGGUAGACUUGGAUCUGGCAUGCACCAAUCCCAAGGCCACCAGCCACCUAUGGACACUGACCCUUCGCAAGCUUGACUUGGAGGAGAAUUUGUGUUCCUUGCGCCUGCGGAACAUUCCUGUUGCCAUGAAGCCGUCGGAGGCCGAGCUCUCAGACUGGGACCGGGAGCUGAUCCGACUGGUAAAUCCAGUGCAUCCGAAGUUUCCUGCUGGCUCUUGUACAAACUUCCUUAUCACGGGCGAGCUGGGGGAACUGAGAAGAAGGUACAAGGACUUUGGAUCUUUCGGCAUCAAGCCUGUGCGAGAUCAUGCAGGUAUCGCCUGCCGUGCGAUUGACGUCUCUGCGCAGCGCGGCCUUGCGGAAACUGUGUGGUCCAAGCCUAAGUACAAGGACCUCUCCCAGCAAGCAGCGCAUUUGGUUGAGCAUGAGUUGGGACAGCUAAGAGAGCUGCCUCCUUCCAACAUUCUGGUAACAGAUAACUUUGACAAUUGGGCUGAGCGCAUGGCAAAGACCUACAAACGGAUUUUAAUUUCCAUGCCGGAGCAGCCCGUCGCUUUCUCAUAG